AUCUCCCCUUCCCCUUUCCCUCUCUCCCUCUCUCUCCGCGUGUCUGAUUUUCUUGCUGGACUUCAGUUCCCCUCUGUUGAAACUUUGGCCCCUCCCGGACCACUCUUUCCUCAGACACACCCCCAUAAAGUUCCCACCUUUACACCUCCUCAGCUGAAAAAUUUUCCAGCCAAAGGAGCUCCUUUCCCUGAGAAGACGCAUAAUAGUAGAAGACAAGCUAAAGAGCUAGCCACACUAUCAGAGGGUUCACAGACCUCUCUAAAGCUCCCCCAAGUCCCGAAAACCCCCUUGGCUCUUUCUCUCUGCUCUCUGAAUAAGACUCUCUUUUGAAAGAUAUCACAGUCCAUCUGUUCCUACACAAUGCAGAGCUUUUACGCUUGAAUCUGUAAAGAUUGCUACUGUGAUCUAUAUUUGGGAUAAGGAACGUGUGAAGCAGGAAAGAUGAUGGAACAGAAAAGAAGCCCUUGCUCUGUUGAACAGAGUACCUUCACUUCUCUAAUGUCGAAAAGACACAAGGGUGAUCUAUCCAUCUCAAGCAAGGAUAGGAAGGAGAAGCUGGGGGAAAAGAUCGUGGCAUUGCAACAACUCGUUUCUCCUUAUGGAAAGACUGAUACAGCUUCAGUGUUGUCGGAGGCUACUGAGUACAUACAAUUCCUUCAUGAACAAGUUAAGGUCUUGAGUGCGCCCUACCUUGAAAGCAAUCAGGCAGCCCAGAUGCAGGGUUUGGAGUCCUAUAGUUUGAGAAGCAGAGGGCUGUGCCUUGUUCCGAUAUCUUGCACAGCAGGAGUUGCGCGAACCAACGGAGCGGAUAUUUGGGCUCCCAUCAAGUCUACUUCUCCGAAGCUCGAAAAGCCCAUCUCACAUUUCCACUGACAGCUUCACCUUACGGAGAAAACCUGAUAUGGUGUCAUAAUACAAAAAUGGGGGUGGAUUGACUUCGGAUUGCCGGUAACAAAUUUUUUUUUUUCCUUGGAGUAGCUGGCCGCACCAGGAUGAAUCGGGCUAUACUCAGUAAUGGUAGUACCGUUAUAUCGUCUUCGAUUAAGGGGGGAAAUUGUAUAUUUCUAUAAGCUAUUAAGUUCUACAGAAACUCCUUUCAGUAAAGGCCCUUUUGCCAAUUAAAUUGGAGAAAUUGAUGGAACCACAAUAUAGAUCAAAUCACUUAACGUAAACAAAUCCUUAAGUAAAUUAUUCUUGUUGAAAUUUCUCUUUCAAUCAAACAUCA